GGCUUUUAGCCGCUGACUCCUUCGCGGUUCGCACGCGUCCGCGUUUUUCAUGUCGCGAAUUGCGAGAGUUACAAUCCUACAAACGUUUAAUUCAAAUUAAAUUAGCUUAAAAUACAUAAACCGUUUUGAUAAUUUUGUUCGACUUUGCAACUCGGGUGUUUGUUUAAUUCCGCUACAGUAGUGUUUCCGAGUAUUUGUUAAGAAGUGAUAAAGUUUUUUAUCUUGUGCGUCCGUGAUGUGAUAUUUUAGUAAUAAAAUAAUUUCAGAUUGGUCACCAAGGAAUUAUGUGGUUGGGUUUAAAGCCAAAAAACUUACGUAUUAUGGUAAAUAUCCUGCAACACUUAUCACACAAUAGAAGUUUCCGGUAGUCUUCAACUUGAAAACCUACAAGAUGGAAGAUAACAGUAUUCCACUGCUGUACAAAGGCUCUUAUGAAUCUCCCCUUGUAUGAAACAUUUGCUGCCACUGCCACACUUGACAGGUGGAUCGACGAUCGCAGUACUACCUGAUGGAUACAAGGUUCACCGUCUGCAAAGUGGAGUCAGAAAACAAGAAGAAUGGAAUACACAUGGGCGCUAACAUCAUCACGCGUCCUCUGCGAUCGUCUGCGGAGACUACCGAGCGUGACGUGGCAGUCAAUAACCAACCCGAUACCUGGCUGCACGACGCUGGCUGGAGAAGAAAAAGGUCGCUGGCACAGCUCACGCGGGAAGCACUGCCUAGGAUGGAGAACUAUAGGAACUCUAAGCGAGCACUGAAAAGGCCUAGCCUUGGAGAACUGCACGGGGAUAACCAUAUUACUGAAGAGGAGGAGCCGCGAACAGUUCAAAGAGACACGAAAUCACCAACACCAGUGAUAGGAAUUAAACUAGGAUGGAUUCAGGGUGUGCUUAUACCAUGCCUGCUGAAUAUAUGGGGCGUGAUGCUGUUCCUGCGAAUUUCGUGGGUUGUGUCGCAGGCGGGGAUAGGACUCUCGCUGAUCAUUAUUGCGAUUUCCGCCAUUGUUUGCGUCAUCACCACGUUAUCCAUGAGCGCCAUCUGUACCAAUGGAGAGGUAAAAGGAGGUGGAAUCUACUACAUAAUUUCCAGAUCCCUUGGCCCAGAAUUUGGAGCGUCAGUUGGCAUUAUCUUCGCUUUCGCCAACGCGGUAGCGGCUAGUAUGAACACGAUUGGAUUUUGUGAUUCCCUUAACGACUUGUUGGGCACUCAGGGAGUGAGGAUCCUCGAUAAUGGUCCUAAUGAUACUAGGAUAGUUGGCACAGUUGCUCUGAUCAUCAUGUGCAUCAUUUGCGCCGUCGGUAUGGACUGGGAGAGCAAAGCACAGAAUUUUCUGAUUGCAAUCAUUGUAAUUGCUAUGGUGGACUUUAUUGUCGGCACAUUUAUGGGACCAAAGACUUUAGAGGAAAUCAGUAAAGGCUUCAUUGGUUUCAGUGUAUCAACAUUCAAGUCUAACUUUGCUCCGGACUUUCGGUACAGUGAGAAUUUGGAACAAGACUUCUUCACCGUCUUUGCAAUAUUCUUCCCGUCGGUCACCGGCAUACAGGCCGGUGCUAACAUAUCUGGCGACCUUAAGGACCCUGCCACCGCAAUUCCUAAAGGGACACUUUUGUCUUUACUGAUAUCCAUGGUGAGCUACGCUCUGAUGGUGAUUUUUUCUGGUGGUGCCGCAUUGAGGGACGCGAGCGGCAAUAUGACUGAUUUAGUGAUCGAGAACGGCACUGUUGUGGACUACACUUCAGUAUUUGAAUGCGUCAAUACUACAACUGGAUGUAAAUACGGUCUGCAUAACAGUUACUCGGUUAUGCAGCUCAUGUCUGCUUGGGGGCCGUUGAUAUACGGCGGCUGUUGGGCCGCGACACUUUCAACGGCUCUGACGAACUUGCUAUCGGUGCCGCGCCUGAUCCAAGCCCUGGGCGUCGACCGGAUUUACCCGGGGCUCAUCUUCUUCGCUAAGCCCUACGGCCGCCACGGCGAGCCCUAUCGUGGAUACGUACUCACGUUCUUCGUAUCACUGAUCUUCCUAUUAAUCGCUGACCUGAACACCAUUGCGCCCCUGAUCUCCAAUUUCUACCUCGCGUCUUACGCCCUCAUCAACUUCUGCACAUUCCACGCAGCGCUAGUGCGUCCCCUCGGCUGGCGGCCCACAUUCCGGUACUACAAUGUAUGGAUAUCAUUGCUGGGAUUCCUCAUGUGCGUGGCGAUCAUGCUCCUCAUCAGCUGGGUGAUGUCCCUCGUCACGUUCGCGAUAUUCUUCACUCUGUACCUCAUAGUGCAUUACAGGAAACCAGACGUGAACUGGGGCAGCAGCACGCAGGCGCAGAUGUACAAGACGGCGCUGUCGAGCGCGCACAGCCUGGCGCGCACGGGCGAGCACGUGAAGAACUACUGGCCGCAGCUGCUGGUGCUAACGGGCCGUGCGCACCAGCGGCCCGCGCUCGUCGACCUCGCGCACCUCAUCACCAAGCCCGGCUCGCUCAUGAUCGUCGCCGACAUAUCGCAGAACAAGUUGUCGUACAAGGAGCGCGCGAACCGAGCGCGCGCGGCGGACGAGUGGCUGCGCGGGCGCAAGGUGCGCGCGUUCCCCGCCUCAGUGAGCGGCUUCGCGUUCGAGACGGGCGCGCGCGCGCUCAUGCAGGCGGCCGGCGUGGGCCGCCUGGCGCCCAACGUGCUGCUCAUGGGCUACAAGGCCGACUGGGCCACCGCGCCCAGCGCAGACCUCGUCGCCUACUUCAACGUGCUGCACACUGCUUUCGAGACGCGGCUGGCUGUGGCGAUCGUGCGCGUGCGCGGCGGGCUAGACGUGGGUGCGGUGGGCGCGGGCGAGGAGGCGCCCAGCCGCGGCCUCACCGCCACGUCGCACGGCUCGGCCGAGCUGCGCGUGCGCGCCGCCGCCGUGCUGCACGCCGACUCCGACCUGGACAUCCGCGCGCUGCCCGACUCGCAGCCCUCCAGCCGCCACAACCUGCAUUUGUUAACCCUAACCACAUCCCGGUCAUUCACGAUAUCAGAGAAGGGCGACUCAAAAGAAAAAGAGAGGGAAAAGGAGAAGAAAAAGGAUAAAAAACCUUUGAACUUCCACAAACAAGUCAUUUACAAGUCUUCUUCGGGGCUAGAAAUGUCUUCAGACCAGCUGUCGCAGAUGUCUAUAUUCCAGAGGAAACAGGACAAGGGAACAGUGGACGUAUGGUGGCUGUACGACGACGGCGGGCUAACCAUCCUACUACCGUACAUUAUCUCGCAGCGCUCGAGCUGGGCCAAUUGCAAGCUGCGCGUGUUCGCGCUCGCCAACAGGCACCACGAACUUGAGCUGGAGGAGAGGAAUAUGGCUAACUUGUUAGCUAAAUUUCGGAUAGACUACUCGUGCUUGACAAUGGUGCAGGACAUCACGGAACCUCCAAAGCCCGAGACUAAACAACUGUUCGAUGAAAUAAUAAAGAAGUUUAUAGACGAAAAUGCCAGUGAAGAGUGCCGCAUAAGCGAGACGGAGCUGAACACGCUGGCGGACAAGACGAACCGGCAGCUGCGGCUGCGCGAGCUGCUGCUGGCCAACUCGAGCGGCGCCACGCUCGUCGUCAUGUCGCUCCCCAUGCCCAGGAAGGGUUCAAUUUCGGCACCAUUGUACAUGGCAUGGCUAGAGAUGAUGAGUCGCGAUCUGCCUCCUAUGCUCUUCGUGCGUGGAAACCAUACUUCAGUUCUCACAUUUUAUUCUUAACUUCUUUAUUUAAGCAAAUAAGCCCAGUUUAAAGUAAGAUUUAUUUUAGCUAAUGGAAUUGCUGUUUUGGUACUAAAACGUCACUUAGAAAUCAAUUAAAUUAUUUUAAAUGAUUUCUAAGUUCAUAAGUUAUGAACGAAUCGUGAUUCAGAAAGGUGAAAAAAUUUAUAUGUGGGAAAAUAAAACACACUCGAAGAAAAGUCCUUAUAUGCAUAAGUUCGAUUGACUACACAAACUCAAAAAUGGAUUAUUAGUAUGGAUGGAGUAUUCUAGAUUGUUAGUAUUCAAUAUUCAUUAUUUAAUUUUACCAUAAUCUUCGGUGCCAUAAUAAAGUACAAGAGGCCAGAGACGACACGACAAAAUUAUAGAAACUGGGUGUCACAUCCUUUAAUAUAGUCUAAGCGUGUGUACAAUAAAUCCACAUUUAACGUGGAAUUAUGGAUUAUGUAUAAAUUAACUCUGUUAAAUCAAUUUAGUGAAUAAUGCACCAGUGCAGUGGUAUGUUGGGCUUGCACCAAAGUGGAGAAAAGGGAUGUAUCUUAUAUGUCAACUUAAGCAGUCCGCUACGUACGUCAUUUGUGUACCAACACAUUACCUCUCUUCUCCAUUUAGUUUUGGGGCCUAGGCUUGAACAGCCCAACUGUACACAUUUUUAUUUAGUCUGAAGCUCUGGAGGAGUCUUGGGAAUCUUUAAUUUGUAUAGUUUACUUACUUGGUAAUAGUUCAAAACUAAAGAUUUAAAAUACCAAAGCAUAAAACGUAGGUAUAGUAAAUAAAUAUAAUGUAGUUGUAUUACUGUCUAAUUGUUUUUAGAUUAUUAAAAAUGCAGCAUUUUUUUAUAGUAGAUGUCAUUAAGUAUUAUAUUAACGCUUAGUUUUAGUCAAAUAAGUUUAGCAUAAAAUAAUUUAUGUGAUAGUAGUAGAUAUUAUUAGACAAUAGUUAAUGUUUUAACAACAUAAUAAAACAUUUUAUU